UAAUCCAAUCAAUUUAUAUGUUACAGUAAAUACUUAAAACUGUAUUCUUUUCACUUCCCAUGAUGCAGGAGCCUUUCAAAAAAGUGGUAAUUUAAACAUCAUUACAAUGUCUGCUGCCAGAUGCCUGGGCCGCCGCUCUCAGCGUCUUAGCUCAUUAUGAGGUCACAGUGGUGGGUGUAGGUUACCAUGACAAGGGAACGCAGGUCCCUGUCCUGCGGAGUCUUUUAAGCGCAGGGAGAUAAGGGAUGCCAGGGAUAAAGUGGGAUUAGAGUAGAGGUAUAAAGCGCCGGAAGCACCUGACAGAGACAGAAUAGUGUAGGCACCCAGUUGUGUGGUGUAUAGGCUGCGGGUGGUGAUGGCUGCGUCAGGAUCUGCGUCUGCCUUUCUCAGCACCGUGCUGUGUCUGCUCCUCCGUCUGGCCUUGCCCAUGUGUGUUCCCACCGAGUACACGCUGUACGUGGAGAAGCACGAGUGUGACUUCUGCGUGGCCAUCAACACCACCAUCUGCAUGGGAUUCUGUUUCUCCAGGGACAGCAACGUGAAAGAGCUGGCUGGGCCUCGUUUCCUGCAUCAGAGGGGUUGCACCUACCAGGAAGUGGAGUACCACACGGCGGUGCUGCCCGGCUGUGCCAGCCACGCCGACUCCCUCUUCACCUACCCCAUGGCCCGGAGCUGCCACUGCGGCACCUGCAGCACCUACAGUGACGUCUGCGCCCACAAGACUCGCAGCGUGGGCAGUGGCCAGUGCUCCAAACCCCUCUGGCAUCUCUACCCCUACCCUGACCAGAGCAACUACAUCCAGUACAACUGAGGGAAGAGAGUGAGGGAGUGAGAGAGCGAGGGGGGGGGGUAGUUUUAUUUUGUGUUUGUUUCGUUUCAUGUUGAUAGCAUGACAUUUGCUGAACUGUGCGUUCUUGCUUGUGUGGGCUGCAGGAGUGGAUUUGUUUCUAAAUGAAAACGAAAUCCUAAGUGCUCAGACAUGUACAGAAUGCCGUCUGGGUGAGUUGUUGUGAUAUGUGUAGGGGUGCACCAUGGUUAUUGUGUUUGCUGCUGCCGCCGCUGACCACCUCCUCCUCUCUACCGGCAUUCACGUGAUUGCAUUGUUUAUAGUUCUAUUAUUAGGAGGGAUUGACCCGUAGUAGCCCUGUCAAACGUCACAUGUGUGUGUUUCUGAGUCACCCUGCUGUGUGUGUCUAUCCGUGCCACAGAAUACUGUGAAUGUGAUGCCAAUUAAAGCUGGACACUGCAAAUAGCCCGGCCUAAUCUGCAUUAAUCACAUCCUGUGACACUACGUCACUCAACCACUCCUCACUUCACACUACAUCCUCAGCUGCCUCACACUGUAGCUUUCCAGCUCUGGAGUAGUGGAAAGUUUUACCCUUCAUAAUGUAGGAAGCCUGAUUUUGAGAUAUGGAUGAGUAGAACAUUAUAUCAAUAUAAUAUACAGAUGAACUCAUGAAAGAACACCCAUAAUUGUUCAUAUUCACAUAACAGCAUAAAACCACUGACACACAUGAA